AACAAACUUUAUAUACACAUACCAAAAAACUUUUUUUUUUCGGAUCCCAAAAAAUCAGAAACUUAAGAAUGCCCACCGUGGCGCAUGAGUCGAAUGACUAUGACGCCAGUCAAUCGAAUCAGAAUAAUGGAAAACGCAGCUUUCUGAUAACAGUGGACGAUAAUGGUAAAAUCGAUGUUCGGCCCAGCGACCAGGUCGAGCAAGUCCGAAGCCCGAAGAAGAUGCGCAACGUCUCUGCCAAGUCGUCGAAGAGGGGAAAACAGCGCAUACGCAUAGCGCUGCUCGAGGAGAGUUCGGAUGGCGAGGUGGAUAACAGUGGGGAGACGAAUGACAUCAUUAGCAUUGAUGCGCGUUCCUUGGAGACAAUGCACGAUCGCUUUGUCAAGAGCUACAAUAAGAAGCUGCGUGGCAAGCCCAGCUUUGUGGUGCUCGAGGAUGCGCUGAUACGCAAACGGGUGGAGGAGACGCUGCAUGCCCCCAGCAGCCACUCGCAUGCCGAACAGCAGACAACGCCCGCCGAUAUGAGCGCCCAUAUGGGCUCCCAGACGGACGAGUUUCUGCUGAAGUGCGCGCUGCGAACGAGCACGAUCAACAAGGGCAGGAGUCGAGGCUGCCAGGCGACAGACGCCAGCUGCAUGUUGCCGGAGUGCACCUGCUGCCAGUGCACAGCCAAUAGAAAUAACACCAAUGUGAAAUCGCUGCGGCGACUGGGCGAGAUGUGCGCCGCUCAGCUGGCCAAGCUGAAGCAGACGCCAACUGUUGCUGAGAGUGCUGCAGCACUCAGUGGAAGGGCGGAGGCGGGCACGACGCCACAGGUGACUAUCAGCUUCCUGCCAGUUGCCACACACAAAGCAUCCACAAUUAAUGCACAGCAGCAACCUGUAAAGCAGCAACAGCCACAACAACUGCCGGCUGCAAGUUGUGCUCACAUCUGUGCAAGCUGUCCAUAUCUGCAGUCCGCUGGUAGCUGCAGCAACUGUUGCAUGCGCUGCCACUGCUGCCAGCAGCAGCAACAAUUUCAAGCUUAUGCACAGCAGCAGCAUCCUGGCCCAGCAGCAACUUAUGGCCAUUGCUGCAGCAGCUGCUGUUUGUUGAAACCAACAAUGGCUCAAACCAUGCUCGGCUUUGGCCUUGCACCGGCGAUACCUGGCCAUUGCAGUCAUCACAUGUUGCCGUCGCCUGAAUCAUUUGCACUGCAACAGAGAUUGCAGUCAGUAGGAGCCUGUACGGCUCCUUGCCUGUGUUAUAGAACGCCAACGGUCAGCAUGACCAACUGCAACACGCCGCACUGCCUACACUGCCCGAUGCAGCCCCCUUCUUGCAUAACCCCUCGCUGCAACGAUUGCCAACAGCAACAGCUGUCGCAGCAACCCAAGCAGCCGCAGCAACCUCAGCAACCUCAGCAGCCUCAGCAACCACAGCAACACGGCUGCCACUGUGACAAGAGCUGUUCAGAUGUCAAGCCAUCAACUACGGUAGAGCUAAAGUCAUCUAAAUGGCAGUUACAGCGCGAGAGUUCUACGACUCCAUCUAAGGAGGCUACACAGUCGAGCCUACACGGGGAUACUGAGGCGGAUAUACAGGCGGAUAUACUGGCGGACCCACAGGAGGAUAUAUAUUGUGAUAUACAGGAGAAGGCAGGUACGGAGCUGCAUGCCAACGCAUCCCAAACGACUGUCAGGCAUAUGAGGACCUACAGCAGCAAGCGCAAGGAUGAGCAGAAGCUGGACACGUCACAGCAGCAGAAGGCUAACUGUGCGCGCAACAGGGCGGGCGGCAGCUGUGCGCCUGGAAAGGUAUUCUUGGCGCGCUUUGGACGCACCUGCUUGAUACUGAAGCCCUCCUCAUCCACAGCGCCGCCACGAUUGCUGACCAGACGCGUCUGUCGCUACACCUGGUCACACAAAUUGGAAAAGAACUAAAUAAAGCAAAGGUUGAUCCGA